AUUUGAUGUUAUCGAAUAACGACUCACGUCACCGUCAAUUUUUAUAAUUAUUUGUAUUAAAACCAGACAAAAACUAUCAGUUUAUAAAAACAAUAAUCGAAAUAUUAACAUGGAUUCGUGCGUGGCUCAUAAUUGUUCAUCUCCAAUCAGUGGAACGACACCAGUAGUAUUUACUCAACUGAUUCAGACGCUAAUAGCAGCGCAAUGCAGCCUUGGCAAAAUAGAAGACUAUCCCCCGGAUCGAACAUGGGAGAUUAUGAAAAAUGUUGAAGAAUCAUUCGAUUUUAUCAUUGUCGGUGGUGGAUCAGCUGGAUCGGUUUUGGCUGCUCGAUUAUCAGAACAGUCUGAUUGGAAGGUGUUACUAAUAGAAGCCGGAACUUAUCCUUCAGCAAUAAGUAGUGUACCGAGUCAAUACAAUGAAUUAUGGGGAAGUAAAGAAGAUUAUCGUUAUCAGCAUGAACCACAGAGAGAUUUUUGCUUGGGAAUGGUAAAUAAGCGUUGUCUAUGGUCGGGAGGAAAAGUAUUAGGUGGCGGUUCUACUAUCAAUGGUAUGAUAUAUAUUUAUGGAAAUAAAAGAGAUUUUGACAACUGGGAAGCGGAAGGUAAUGAAGGCUGGGGCUACGAGGAUGUUCUUCCUUAUUUUAAGAAAUCCAAUAAUUAUCCAAGAGAAACCAUCGACAAAUAUGGUGACAAGUAUUUAGGACGUGAUGGGCCCUUAAGUGUACGAUUAUUCAAUUACUCGAGUUCGAUUUUUCAUGAAGUUGUUAUAAAAGCUGCUGAAGAAAAAGGCAUUCCAAGAGUAGAUAUUUUUAACACUGAUCAAUAUAUUGGCUUUGGAAAACUUCAUAUGACUGCUGACAAAGGACGACGUGUAAGUGCAGCAACAGCUUAUUUAUCUCCUAUCAAAAACAGAAAAAAUCUCUAUGUCAUGACUUCUACAAGGGCUGAUGAAAUUUUAAUAAAGGACAACCGAGCAACAGGAGUACGGGUUUUAGUGAAUAAUGGUUCGACCAUAGAACUAAAGGCUUCAAAAGAAGUUAUUUUAUCUGCGGGAGCUAUAGGAUCCCCAAAGUUAUUAAUGUUGUCCGGCAUUGGGCCUAAAGAAGAUCUAGAAAAAUUUAAAAUUCAAUGCAAAGCUGAUUUACCAGUUGGAAAAUAUCUCAAGGAUCAUGUUGUUUGGCAUGGUAUUUUUUUGGAAUUUGUAAAUCAAUCGCAUGCAAGAAACAAUCUCUUCGAUUCACAGGAUGAUGCGUACCAGUAUUUAACUCGCAACGAAGGUGCAUUGACUGGUUUGGAUGAAUUAGAUUUUUCUGGAUUUAUCAAUGUUCAGGAUCCUAGUUCAAUUUAUCCAGACAUUCAAUUUUUACACGCAUACGUAUCACAAGAUGACAAUUCUACGUUGGCUCGGACGUUAGAUAGGUUUGGGCUCUCACCAGAAACACGAGAUAGCAUCGUCAACUCAACCAAGAAAAAUGAUAUUUUUUUUAUGUCUCCUUUUUUAUUAAGACCAAAGAGCAUAGGAGAAGUUAAAUUACGCAGCAAAUCACCCGCGGACUCAGUUAGAUUGUUCCAACGACAUCUCACCGACAAAAGCGACAUAGAAACGUUGUUAAAAUCAGUAGAUUUUGUCAAACGCCUUUUAGAUACCGAAGCUUUCAAAAAUUUUGGAGUAAAAAUACGAAAUAUCACGAUACCCGGAUGUGAUAAAUUUGAAUUUGAUAGUUCUGGAUAUUGGGAAUGCUUUAUCAGACAUACUGCUUUUUCCGGUUUUCAUUCAGUCGGAACCGUUCGGAUGGGAACUCCUGAAAAUCCCAAAACUGUUGUCGACUUCAAAUUAAAAGUUUUGGGAAUCGAUCAACUCCGAGUUAUAGAUGCUUCAAUUAUGCCAGAGGUCACCAGCGGCAAUAUCAAUGCUCCGACAAUGAUGAUUGCGGAAAAAGGAGCCGAUCUUAUCAAAGAGUUUUGGAUAAAGACAAAAAAAUUUUGAUUCUUUCGAUAUUACUUAUACUUUUUUUUUCUUUUUAUUUUGUAAUGUGAAAAAUAAAGUCAUAUUUUUUAAUUAAUAGAAAUAAAAUACAUUGUUGUAAUUGUAGA